AAAUAUUUUCCCCAUUUUCAUCUCUACAUUUUGAAUUUGGACUGAUUGCUUUGAUCCUUUACUUGUAAUUCCCUCCGCCUCGAAACAUGCAAAAAUCGGCAAGCCCAUGAUACGCAUUGUAGCUUCGACUGAUUGAUUAGUAGAAUUCCUAAAAUUUAGUAUGGCUGCAGCAUUUCAACGGUCUUUGAGUUUAGCUGUUGCAUUACAAUUGGGGAUUCUUUUGUUGAUCCUGUCAUCAAUUGCCUUCGGAGACGACGUUUCGCGCGCUGCCCCCGACGAUGAACCCGCCGCCUGCGGUAACGACUUCCGAUUGGUUAAGGUCAAAAGGUGGGUAGAUGGUGUGGAGAAGGAGGCAAUAGGUGGACUAACUGCCGAUUUUGGGUCUGCAUUGCCUGCUCAUGCUGAAGAAGGCCACCGUUUCUCAGCUGUUUUUGCAGAUCCUUUAAAUGGCUGUUCACUCUCAUCUUCUAAUGUAUCAGGCUCUAUCGCACUGACGGUACGUGGUGAUUGCAUCUUUACAACUAAGGCUAAAGUCGCUCAAGCCGGACAAGCAGCAGCAUUGAUAGUGAUAAAUGAUGAGGAAGGCCUUGUGCAGAUGGCUUGUGGGAAUGAUACUACUUUAAAUAUCAGCAUUCCUGUUAUUACAAUCUCUAAGUCAGGAGGAGAUGAACUAAAGAAAUCCAUGGCUAAUGGGAGAAAAGUGGAACUUCUGUUAUACUCCCCGGACCGGCCAAUUUUAGACUACUCAGUGAUAUUCUUGUGGCUGAUGGCUGUUGGGACGGUAGUUUCUGCAUCACUUUGGUCGGAAAUCACUGGAUCAAAGCAAACUGAUGAGCACUACAAUGAAUUGUCACCACAGGGAUCUGGUUCUGCAGCAGACAAGGAUGACGAAGAGAAGGAAAUUUUCCACAUUAAUGCUAAAAGUGCUAUAGUUUUUGUUAUAACAGCGUCAACUUUUCUGCUACUGCUUUAUUUCUUUAUGUCAUCAUGGUUCAUCUGGUUCCUGAUCGUACUCUUCUGCAUUGGAGGUAUUGAGGGAAUGCACAAUUGUAUUGUUUCAUUGGUCUUGAGCAAAUUUAGGGGUAGUGAGCAGAAGAAAAUGAAUCUGCCACUUCUAGGGGAAGUUUCCAUCUUCUCUUUAGCUGUUCUGAUCUUUUGUGUGGUGUUUGCUGUUGCCUGGGCUGCUACACGGAAGGAGCCCUACUCUUGGAUUGGACAAGACAUCCUUGGUAUAUGUAUGAUGAUAACUGUCUUGCAAUUGGCUCAGUUGCCAAACAUAAAGGUUGCGACGGUACUUUUGUGUUGUGCAUUUGUGUACGAUAUUUUUUGGGUUUUCCUAUCUCCACUUAUAUUCCAGGACAGUGUUAUGAUCGCAGUUGCUGAAGGUGAUAAAGCCGGUGGAGAAUCAAUCCCCAUGCUUCUGAGAGUUCCUCGAAUUGCUGAUCCAUAUUAUGGUUACAACAUGAUAGGCUUUGGGGACAUUCUAUUCCCUGGUCUGCUAGUUUCCUUUGCUUUUAGAUUUGACAAAGCUAAUAAGAAGGGGAUCUUAAAUGGGUACUUCCUUUGGUUGUCAAUUGGCUAUGGUGUUGGCCUGUUGUUUACAUACUUAGCAUUGUACUUGAUGGACGGGCAUGGCCAGCCAGCUCUUCUCUACCUAGUUCCAUGUACACUGGGAACUUGUGUCUUGUUGGGUUGGAUAAGAGGUGAGACAAAACAUCUGUGGAACUACGACACAGAUGAUGCGAGAGAAUCAAAUGAACAAAUUGAACCUGGAGAAUUAGCUUAAUGAGCCAGACAUCUCUUAAAACCCCAACAUCCGCCCCCUUUUUAAGGCUGUUCUUCAAGUGUGCCUGAUGUUCCUCGAGCAUUCUCCUGGAUUUGCUGUAUAUACACUUAAAAAGGUGUACAUAUAUCGGUAAGUCUCACAGGAAUUGUUUGAAUUUUAUACGUACCUGAAAUAUAUCUCAUGUUGAUAUGUUGAAGUGUUCUUUUGUUUUGCAUGAUUUUCACGAACAGAUUAUAAUCCUAUUAUUUCAUAUUUUAACAGAAGGGUUUUUAUA